CUCGACUCACAUUUCUCUUCAACCCAUCUCUAUCUCUCUCUCAAAACACAGUCUAGAGGCAAUGGUAUCUGCAGAUACAGCCCGCACAGUGGUGGGCAUCCUAGGCAACAUAAUAGCGUUGUGCCUUUUCCUUUCUCCAGUGCCAACAUUCAUACAGAUAUGCAAGAAAGGAACAGUGGAGCGGUUUUCACCGAUACCUUAUUUGGCAACACUUCUCAAUUGCAUGCUAUGGACUUUGUAUGGGCUUCCCAUAGUCCACCCUCAUAGCACUUUGGUGGUCACAAUAAAUGGAGCUGGUCUACUCAUUGAACUCACUUAUGUGCUCCUCUUCUUGAUCUAUUCUGCAAAAAAACAAAGGCUGAAAGUGUUCCUCUACUUACUUCUGGAGAUCACUUUUGUGGGGGUGGUCGCAGUCAUGGUUCUCUCUCUUGCUCAUUCACAUGAAAAGCGCACGCUCAUUGUUGGGAGCCUAUGCAUGUUCUUUGGCACUAUGAUGUAUGUUGCCCCACUCUCUGUCAUGAUCCCAAAUGGCUUGGGCACAUUGUUUGGGGUGGCUCAGCUUGCGCUCUAUGCAUGCUUUUACAAAUCUACGCAACGUCAGUUGGCGGAGAGGCAAGCAAAAGCAAGUGAGGUGCACUUGGGAGAAGUGGUGAUUGCAAGUAAAAGUGUGGCCCCUUCAAAUAUGAAUGGAAACUCCAUUGAAAUUGAGGAGACUCCCAAUUCAUUCCAAACAUCCAACCAUGUUCAAGAGAGAUAAUCAAAACGCACCUUCUUAUCCUUGUUCUUUUCUCUCUCUCUCUCUCUCUCUCUGUUCACGGUUCAGGCCUCAGUCCUUCAUGA